AAUACUUCGGUGCCGCAAAGAGAAAGUUGUUUAGCAACCGCAUUGUUCGAUUUCCAAUCCAGCGCGAUUCAUUAACCGCUCCACGCUGGCAGCGUGAGCGCAAUUUGUUCUUCUCGGGACAGUUGCGUGUGUUGUGGCGCACGGCGCAUACCAGGACAGCUGGGCUGUUUUUUGUUUAUUUUUUUAUUUAUUAUAGUGACGGCCUGAGCAGCUUAGUUGUGGGUGCGGGUAAAAUGUUCUAGUGUGAUUUUUAAACGAGUUGACUCCAGCUUCCGUUAAUUAAACCAGAAGCCUGCCACGAUCCACGCGAGCCUCGGAUCGGUUGCUUUCAUUUGAAAUUUGUGCAAUCCUUUCUCGUGAUGGGCGGUCCGCGGUCGGAGGAGGAAUUGUCGCUGUACGAUCCCUCCCUGCUGCUGAGCCUGGACUUUUUUCGUUCUCCUGCAAAUUUUAAUCCGCGCAUAUCCGCUGCGAUACCUGGCGAGACAUGGCUAAAGGUACGGCCUCUGCAAUCAGGCGACUUUCACCGAGGUUUCCUGCAGAUUUUGUCCCAGCUGACUAAAGUAGGCGAUGUUUCGUUGACCCAAUUCCUUAAUCGUUUCGCACAAAUGCGAGCCAGUGGCGAUUACUACGUGACGGUAAUUGUCGACACUCGGUACGACAAAAUCAUCGGCAGUUCCACCCUGGUGCUGGAGCGCAAGUUCAUUCAUGGCUGCGCCACUAGAGGCAGGCUCGAGGAUGUGGUGGUUGACGACACCUAUCGCGGCAAGCAGCUUGGGAAACUCAUCGUCGUGACUGUGAGCCUGUUGGCGGAACAAUUAGGCUGUUACAAGAUGUCACUGGACUGCAAAGAUAAGCUGAUACCAUUCUACAAAUCGAUUGGCUACACACUUGAGGCGGGUAACGCAAAUACGAUGAAUAUACGCUACGACGCGACCACUCGUAGCAUCAAUCGUAACAUUGCGGCCAGCAAACCGGACAAUACAGAACCAUCCUGACAAUUAGCCGCCAGUGCUGCUACCGCUAGUAAAUCCAAGCUCUAGACUGCACGCCAGUUGAUCGGAUGGCAUCAAAUGACCAAUCCGUCGACGGCAAUUUGCCUAGCUUACCCACGCAAAAUUAUAUAUUGGCUUUUAUUUUGCAAUUGGAUUUACUUUACCUUUGGGGGAGCCCGCUGCUGCAUGCAUAUUAGUCGGACGAAUUUUCGAACGAUUAUGCUGUGUGUAUGCAUAUGCCCCCGUAGCAGCAUCUGGUACAUAAAAUGGACCGUUUUUUUAUCUCAUGAAAUUUUAUUUUUUUAAGUACUGUAUUACUGUAUUAUUUGAAUUUUAUUUUCUAUCUGAUUUUAUUUUACUAUCGGUGAUUGUGCUUGUGUUUAUGAAACAAUGGGUAAUAAAAUAUUUUAA